UCAUGGUGGUUGCCGGGACGAUGCUGGUGCUGGUGGUGCUGGUGCUGCCCCUGCUGGCCCCGGGCGCCGCCCCCUGCCUGCGCUGCUGGCCGGACGCCCCCCCCUACGUCCACUACGACGUGCGGCUGCUGCUGGGGGCGGCGCAGCCUGGGGGGGCCGCGGGGCUGGAGCGGUUGCUCAGCGCCCUCAUCCUGGAGGGGGACCCCGGCGUCCGGAUCAUGGAACGGGAGCGCCUGGAGCGAGAAGCCGGGAAGCUCUUCUAUCGCCUGGACCAGAUCAUCACCCGCAACAGGCAGGAUCCAGGGCGCCUGAUGAAAGAGGCAGUGCUUGAAAAGCAGAACUUCACCCGGCGCCUGAGAGCAGCGUCGGCAGAGGUCCGGCAGCAAGUGUGCAGCGCGUCCUGUGGCCGGCCUGAGCCCUUUGAUUUGUCCGAGUGCGACAGCUGUGAACGCCUCCAAGCUCGGUGCAGGGACCAGAGGGUCUGCGCAGGAGCUGCCGUGAUCCUGGCCGUGGGGCUGAGCCUGCUGGGGCUGGUGCUGGGAGCCGCGGUGGGGAGGCGAGCGAGGCCGGCGGGCGGCACAGGGGCCGAGGAGGGGCCGGUGGCAGCCAGGACGGAGCCCCCGACAGAGCAGGGGGACGGGGCCCCCGCGGACCUGGGGGACGGGGCCCCCGCAGAGCAGGGGGAUGGGGCCCCCGCGGACCUGGGGGACGGGGCCCCCACAAACCUGGGGAAUGGGGCCCCCGCAGAGCAGGGGGACGGGGCCCCCGCGGACCUGGGGGACGGGGCCCCCACAAGCCUGGGGAAUGGGGCCCCCGCAGAGCAGGGGGACGGGGCCGCGACUGCGACUCAUUAA